AUGUCAUUUCGCCAUAUCCCAUCCCAGCCGCCCACCUACCCCUCCUACCCAAAGUCUUCCUCCUUAGACGACCCCACCGUCCCAUCCCCAACAAUGCGCAAACGCCAACGCACCACCCUCGACAUGGCAAACCCUGCCGUCGCAGCAGCAGCAGCAGCCGCUGCUGGUGCACAAGACCCACAACAAUCACCGCAGCAACAAGCACAAAAUCAACAGUCUCAUCUCUCCCAGCAGGUCCCUGCUCCAGCCGUACCCGAGGACGGCUUCAUAAACGACCAAGACGCCGCAGAGAGCGGCGGCGACGACGAUGACGAGGAGGAGAAACCAAAGGAUAAGAAGGCCGGUAGACGAAAGAUCAAGAUCGAAUUUAUUCAGGAUAAAUCGAGACGUCACAUAACAUUCUCCAAAAGGAAAGCUGGUACGCGAUCGUCCUUUUUGCACUCUCCUGCCCUUCGUGCUUACGAACUAUCCACCCUCACUGGCACUCAGGUCCUCCUGCUCGUCGUCUCAGAAACAGGACUCGUAUACACCUUCACCACUGCUAAACUCCAGCCCCUUGUCACUCAGCCAGAGGGCAAAAACCUUAUCCAGGCAUGUCUCAAUGCCUCUCCUGCCAACAUGCCUCCUUCCAUGCCCGUCGGCAGCCCCUUGCCUCGCUCCUCCGUGUCCAUGUCUAUCCCGGGUGCAAGCAAUACCGCUAACCUCCCGGGCGGUCUCUCCAUCCCCGGUCCCCCCGUCAGUGGUCCCCAGGGCCCCACUAAAGAAGACGGCGACGAAGAAGGUGACGACGAAGUUGCACGUGGCGGUCGUACCGCAUCCGCCGGCGACAAACGUCGUCGUCGACCCUCCACUGCAGGCGCAUCUUCCGGUCCCGGUCGUGGUGGGCCCGGGUCGCCCCAGACCCCCAACAGUACCAUCCCUCCGCCUCUAUCUAUUCCACCCCCGCAACAACAGCACUCUCAGGUGCCAUCAUCACCCCAAUACGGCCCUUCAGGGGGCUAUGCCUCCCAUGGACAGCACCAUGGGCACCACGCUGGCAGCCCCACCGACGCAAGUAUCUAUAGCGGCCAUAUGAUGCCUCCUCCCGGGUACGCAUAUCCAGGAGGGCCUGGUGGUCCAGGAGCACAAGGAGGGCAGCCCUUGGGUGGACUGGCAGCAGCAGCCGCUGCUCAACACAACCACUGGCCACCGCCACCCGUUAGUCAGGGCGGACACUAUGGAAGAAGAUGA